AUGUCUCAAUUAGUUUACUAUCUGCUACAGAGCAUUACUGCUGUGUAUUCGGCUCGAUCUAUGGCUGUCAUGCCUUUUAUCAUGGUCAUGGCGUACAUGGCCUACUACUACAACAAGCGAUAUAGAUCACCGCUGGCUUCAGUACCACUUGCGCCAGCAGAACAUUUUCUCGUCAAGUAUUUUGGCCUGGCACCUCCUCCAAACGACGCUGAAAAAGUCGAUACGUUGUCCAGAUUUCUGAUCCGUGUGGGUCAAGAUGCUUCCCUGUCUCCCAUCAGCGUCUGUUGGUCUGUUACUGGCACACCUCUUGUUAUUGUCAGCUCACUAAAAGGCAUCAAAGAUGUAUUGAUUGAUGGGCAAACCAAGAGCAAGAUCAAAGAUGAGCCUUCCAAUGUGCAGCGUGGAAAUUUGAUCCGUUUGAUUCAAAAUCUAGUAUUUGGGGGCAAAAGCUUGAACAAUGCGGUUGGCGAAGAAUGGCGCUGGCGUCGACAUGUUCUUUUGCCUCCAUUUCAACCAAAGCAACUCGUACCCAAAUUACUGCCGUAUGUUGCCAGUCGAGCAGCAGCGCUGCUGAAAGUAUUCCAGGAGCAAUCAGAGACAGGCGAGGCAACUGAGCUGGACGGUUUGUUCAUGGACAUGACGAUGGAUGUUAUCAAUUACUACCUGUACGGUCGAAGCGAUUUGAAUUACGGCAUGGUGGGUGGUAGACGCAAUUUAAAGAAUGAGCACCAUCGACUAGGUUUAGGCUUCAUGUCAGUUGAGGCGUGGCUUCCUUUUGGUAUCAACAAGACAGACUGGGCUCAAAGAACAUACAAACCUGCUCGUGAUUUACUGAAAGCAUUCAUCAAAGACUCGUUGGUCUACGCUUUCGAGGACUACAAGAGAGAUGUGAAAGAAUACGAGGAGCAAGGUAUUCCAGAAAAACAACGAUCCUAUCGCUCUGUCGCAGCCUGCGCUUUUGCUAGUGGACGCUACGCUGAUGACCAAGUUGACUUGAUCAAUGAUCUGCUUUCACUGACUUUUGCUGGCUAUGAUACCACUGCUCAUACAUUGGCCUUUGCCUUUUCUGAACUGGCUCGCAACCCUGCACUCCAAGAUGAGCUGUUUGCGCAAGUGCGUCAAGUUCUUGGCCCUCCUCCUGUAGCUCCUGAUAGUGUCACUGUGGAGAAGCUUGCUCGUAUGCCUUUGGUGACCGCCAUCUACCGUGAGACACUUCGCAAAUACCCAGCUGUUGUCUUUAUUCCUGUGCAUGUCAAUCGCGACACAGUGGUGGAUGGUGCCAUUGUCCCUGCAGGAGCAGAGAUCUGGUGCAAUGUGCGAGGCGUGCAAAUGAAUCCUGCCAUCUUUCCCGAUCCAGAUAAGUUUGAUCCUACUCGCUGGUUACGUCCUGAGGACAAGAUGGCCGAUGGCACAUCAGACAAUGCCUUUGACAAUCUGACAACAUCAAACAACAGCCAUGUUACCAUCACGCCGGAAACACAGUACAACUUUCCUGAUUUAUCAUUUACCUUGGGCCAGCAUGCUUGUAUUGGAAAGAACUUGGCUAUUCUAGAGCUGAGAACAGUGAUUGCGUGUACCAUGAAUCAAUUCUCUUGCAGUUUGAAAAAGGACUCGGUUAUUGACACCAAGAUUGUGCUUACAACAAAGCCUCGCCAUGGGGUAUGGGUUCAUUUUAAAAAGCGUUAG